AAAACCUAGCAAAACCCAAAAUACCGGUUUUCCAGUAGGAAUUGCAUGGAUUUUCUCAAUCCUUCCACCAGCGAUUCGCCCAGGAGUCCGUUCCAACCGUUCCAACUAGCGUUCCAGAUGCGGCUCGACGAGCUCUAUCCAUGGGAUGCCUUGGAAUCCUCAUAGCUCCAGCCAAAACCCAAAAUACCGGUUUUCCAGAGUCCGUUCCAACCGUUCCAGAUGCGGCUCGACGAGCUCUAUCCAUGGGCUACCUUGGAAUCGUGUUACUCGCAACUUUAUAA